AUGAAUAAGAGAGUUGAUCCAUAUUAAUUAAAUAUUGGUUAUGAAAAUGACAUAACUAAGACUAAUAUUUUAACUAAUGGGGAUUACUUAAGUUCAUAAGGAGUUGAGAAUCAGAUGAAUCUUCCAACAGAGCUUGAUGAUCAUGAAGGGCCCACCCUUUUCUAUUGUCAUCAUUGCAAAAUGGAUUCAGUUUCAACUUGUGAGUAUUAGGCUUCGAGUUAAACAUUUCUUUGUGCAUUUCUUCUAUUUUUUAUUCUCAACCUUUUUGGUUGUCUAAUCCCUUAUUAUUCAACUGCAUGUAAAGACAGAAGGCAAAUAUGUCCACGAUGUAGAAAAUUGGUAGGAAUCAAAUAUUAUAAUGCGUGUGCCUGUUGA